AAAUCAGGGGAACAUGCCUGGCAUUGAGAGCACAUUUCUGGCUAUGGACACAGAGGAAGGCGUAGAGGUCGUCUGGAAUGAGCUACAUUUCACAGAUAAGAAGAUCUUUAAGGCUCAUGAGGAGAAGAUCCGAACUAUGUUCCAAAACCUAAUGGUUGUAGAUCAUCCUAAUGUUGUGAAGUUCCACAAAUACUGGUUGGAUGUCGAGGAAACUUCAGCUCGUGUGGUAUUUAUCACUGAAUACGUCUCUUCUGGGAGCCUGAGGCAGUUCCUAAAGAAAACGAAGAAGAACCGUAAGACAACGAAUGCCAAGGCUUGGAAGAGAUGGUGCACGCAGAUCCUGUCAGCGCUCAGCUACCUGCACUCAUGUGACCCACCCAUCAUACACGGCAACCUGACCAAUGAAACCAUCUUCAUACAGCACAACGGACUCAUUAAAAUUGGAUCAGUGUGGCACAGAGUGUUUGCGCACGAGCUUCCACUGCCAGAUGAACUGCGGACUCCACUGAAAAUUGUACAAGAUGAACAGCGAAGUCAUCACUUCUUCCCUCCAGAGUUCGGCGGCUGUGCUGAGGAUGGCACAGCUGUUGAUAUUUUCUCUUUUGGCAUGUGCGCUCUAGAGAUGGCCGUGUUGGAGAUUCAGUCUAAUGGGGACAAGGUGGAAAAGGUGUCUGAAGACAGCAUCAACCGGGCGGUGCAGUCACUGGAGGAUCCCAACAUGAAGGAUUUUGUCUUACAGUGUCUCUCCGUCUCUCCUGUGCUCCGUCCUUCUGCUCAUAACCUGCUGUUCCACAGAGUCUUGUUCGAGGUCCACUCGCUGAAAUUAUUGGCAGCGCACUGCUUCCUCAACACACCAUACAUCAUGCAGGACAGUCUGCUGGAAGAGAAGACCAAGCUUAUUGACCCACAAGCAGUGAUGGCCACUAUCCCACGGAAAGGUCAUCCUCCAGUGACAUGGAAGUACUCACAAGUCUCCGCUUUGGAACUGGACAAGUUUCUGGAAGACGUCAGGAACGGAAUAUAUCCACUAAUGAACUUUGCAGUGUCACGUCCUCAUCUGCUGCCGCGAGUGCUCUCACAAUCACAGGAAGACUUACAGACGGCAAAGACCCCAACCCCUGAGCCACUAGAAGUAGAAACUCGCAAGCUGACAUUAUACCUGAAGCUUGAGGACAAACUGCAAAGGCACCUGAGCUGUGACCUGCUCCCCAAUGAGAGCUCUCAGACCCUGGCCUCUGAACUUGUGCAUUAUGGCUUCAUUAGUGAGGAGGACUGCCAGAAGUUAGCCACUUUCCUGGAAGAUGCUCUGCACAAGCAGCGCACUCCUCUGCACUGAGUAUUAAAUUACAGGAAGAACUGAAUUAGUGAUGUUUACCCGUAUGGUACAAAGAGGGAUUUAUUCCAACAGGAAACCAUAACCUGUUCUUCAGAGGGACACAAGGAUAAGACUGACAUCAACGUGCCCCAAGCCUGAAGACCUUGUAGAAGAGUGAAUUACGUUUAUUAUAUCUGAGGUGUGAGAGAUUCUUCCUAGAUGUUCCCCACAUUUGCAGGAAGAGAGGUCAGGGACCAACCUGGAUGUCUUAAAGCUUUUCAUGUCUUAAUGUGUCUGUGAUCUCUCACUAGCCACGAGUGGCUUCAGAUCAGCUUCAGAUGGGUCUGGACAGUCACUUGAUAAGCACAAGAUCUGGAUAGUCUCCAGUUACCAUCUGUAAUACACAAAGGCUAAACUCAGCUUUGUGUAAGAAGCCUAUUGCUCUCAUUGUCUUCCUCAAACAGAUUAAAUGUGCCAAUGUUUUAUUUCUUAUGUGAACUGAUAACCAAUUACAGGGGGAGAGGCAGAUAUCAUUAUAAUGAGAGGACGAUGGCUGGACAAGCUUCUUAAUCCCGCGAUGAACUGUAAUAAUCAGAUAUUACUUGUCAAAUUUGUGUAAAAACUGCUAUAAUUGCUAGAAUAAUCUACUCAAUGAAUUCUAACCCCCCAACCAAUCAGUAAACCUUCCCCAGGGUAAAUCACAACUUUUAUCUUUCUUCUGCAAUAAGUAGUUUCUUCACCAAUAAGUGAGCAGUCCUGCAGUGCACCAGUGGGUCAUGAACAAUAGAAAGCAACUUUAUGUGACCUGUUCUGACCUUACUCUGUAUUAUGUACUGUAUAAAUAGAAUGUUACUAUGGACUUAAACCUGGGGGUUAUUGUCACAGCUGCCAGACUCAUUAAACUGAUGUUAGACUAAAAUCAGAGCGUAAUAAAUAACUGAUACAAGUA